AAUAAUCUAGAAACUCAUUUUGAAAGAAAGAAAAAGAAAGACAAGAAAAUUAAGAAGAUCCACCUAAGAACAUAAGAAUGGAAUUUACUCGUGUUCGGUGUUGGUGAAGUCGUUUCCUAAUUAAGUUUAAACAGAUACCUCUUUCAAGAAUGGUAAAUGCCUGAAGAGAAUAUGAUGUGCCACACUCCUCUCACUUGACCGAAUUUAAUGAAAUAUUUCUCACCAAAGAAGAUUAUGUUUAUGGUCGAAAACGAAAACACUCACCACAAUUACGAAAUACACAAUCCAACUUAAAUGGACGCAAGUUCUCGCCAUAGUUCUAAAUGUAAUGGAUACAGAGAAACGACGAGAAUUUUAAUAAAUAGCACAACUAUUGGAAAGCAAACGUGUGAAUCCAACAAGAUUUCUCUUCUAAUAUUUACCAUUUUCUUAUAAUGUUCCCAAGUAACGGAUGAUGCAAUAAGGACCGCGGAAAUGAGUCCUUGAUCCACUUCCAAUACACAUUGUCAGCCAUUCCAACUUACUUUCUUCUGUCUCUCGAAGAAAGGCAUGAAUGCUACAAUUGGCUGUUUUUCUCUUUUAAGAGUUUAAACUUUAAAUAUUUGCGACAGAAAUCGUUAUUUAUGUUUUCGAUACAUUCCCCAAAGUUGGUGAAAUUGCCAAACAAGGGUUCGAAUUCCCAAGCAAGCCGAAUUCUCGAUACUCCUACAAUUUUUGGCUUCAACUAUUUCGUAUCCUUUAUAAAUUUAGUGCUUUGGAGAAAACAUAAACAUCACCUAGUAACAUCCAAAUAUUUUUAUAAAUAUAAAUCAUGGGUCCCUAGUUACAUUUUUCUGAAAACAUCUUCCGUGUUUGUUACAACCCUUUCUUGUUGGACAGAAAAGGAUAUCUUUUUUAUUCUCAUAUUAAUUCGACAGUAAGAAUUGAACCUGGUAAAAGAUGAAGCUGGGUUACUUUUUCAGUUCUCCUCAUCGACAUUUUGUUAUCCUAAUAGUGAAUCUACUUGCAUCAAGUUUAGUUUCUUCCGAUGAAAUUGUCGUUCAAGGAGUCGGUGCCAGUUUCCCAGCCGAAGUCUACGCACAAUGGAUUAACAAUUACAUGCCCACGAGAAGAGCUUUCACCAACCUGGCAAUAUACUACAAUGUAACGGGGAGUAGUAAAGGCCUGAAAGCCAUCCAGCAGGAUGAGUUUGUGGAUUUUGCUGGCUCUGAAACAUUGCUACCAGCAAAUGCAAGCAGCAACCUGAAAAUGCUUCCAACUAUGGCUGGGGCCAUUUCCAUUGCAUACAAUAUACCGGAAGUGAAAUCAUACGGUUUCCCAUUGAAUCUGUCCAGAGAACAACUUGUCGGCAUUUAUAAUGGAACAUUUACCCAUUGGAACGACAGUACAUUCCUACAAACCAACCCCGGUAUAAUAAUGCCCGCUGCCGAAAUACUCGUCCUGGCUCGCCAAAGUAAAUCAGGAACUACCAAUAUGUUCACGACAGCUCUGAGUGCCUUUGAUGCAAACUGGAAACAACAAUAUGGCGCCUUUUCUGCCGGAACUGUAGACGGCGGUAACACACCAGUGAAAUGGAAUCCACGAGCUGUGAACUAUUACGGGAAGAAAAAUUCCGGAAUGGCAGGAAUAAUAGCGUCCUUCGAGUAUUCAAUUGGGUAUGUCGUUGUCAACGAAGCGAAAAAGUUCGACCUGCCGCUUGCAAGAAUAGAGAAUAGCGCUGGCCAUUUUAUUUCCCCCGAUGAUGAAGCUUCGAUACAAAAGGCUUUAGACACGUAUUUUCAGAGUUCAAUGGGGCGUUCGUUCACAGAAACACUUGUUGAUAUUCCAGCUGAAGGAAUCUAUCCAAUUCUAGGAUUUACAUAUAUGGUUAUUCGUCUGAAAUACACUGAAAGAUGUGAAAUUGCUAAAGAGCUUCUUCGCUUUAUCCAAUGGUUUACAACUGAUGACUAUGCCAGAACAAUUUGUACCAGAGAAAAUAUGGUACCAAUAACGAAUGAACUGAAAGCGAAAAUUAAAAGAGAAAUAUUAUUGCAUAUGCAAUGCAAUGGAGUCUCGUUGUGGGAUAUGGUGGCAGAAGAUAAAAAGAGAGAGAAUUACGUGGAAGAGAAAUGGAAGACGCCAGUGGCGGUUCUUAUUCCUUUAUUCUGUCUGCUAUUGUUAGCUUUAUUCGGUUACAUUAUUUACCAAAAGCUGAAGCUCAGAAAAAUGAUCAACAAUAAUGAAUGGAAUAUUGCUAUCGAGAACAUUUUGUUUUAUUUCGAAGACAAAGGUUACACGAAGAAGUCAAAGAUGACGUUUUUUAAAUCUAUAAGAUCGUUCAAAUCAAUCAAUGAUAUUCCCGACGGUGAAAUGAUUCUGUCCCAGAUUUUACAAUGGCCUGGUCGAUGGAAAGGUCAGCAAAUUGGAAUCAGACUUCUAAAUGUGCCAGACUUUGCUCACAUAGAUCAGAAAACGAAACGGGAAUUGAUAUGGAUGCGGGAACAUAUUUUACAUUCGAACGUUCUUCGGUUUUAUGGCUUAACCGAAAUCGAUUAUAACGACAGGUUUGCCGUUAAUGAAUAUUGUUCGAAAGGAGUUCUUACCGAAAUUCUUCAAGAUGGAAAAUACAAUCUAACCACAGAUUUUAAGUUUUCUUUAUCUGUCGAUAUUGUGAGUGGCAUGAGUUACUUACAUGCAAUGGGUUUAAUUCACGGAAACCUACACUCAUCUUGUUGUCUGAUAGACAGCCGAUGGACAGUGAAAAUAGCCGAUUGGGAAUACUGUCGCCUGUAUUCCAUCAUGAAUCCGCUGAAGAAUCCGCUGUCAUGGAAAAGACAAAUUAAUGGCGUUCCAGAAGACAAGGAUUUUAUAGUCAGCGACUUCUGGGUGGCACCAGAAAUAUUAUCCUCAAACUUUGUGAAAUUUCCAACAACUACAAGCGAUGUGUAUAGUUUCGCCAUUAUUCUUCAAGAGAUAUUUAGCCGAGAUGAGCCAUACAUUGAGUUGGCAGAUACUAUGAGCAUAGAUGAAAUCUUCAAUGCAAUUAUUUUUAAUAAUCUUCGUCCUCAAACAAACGAAGAUACACCCGUACAAGUCCGCCAGAUUAUGGAGAUAGCUUGGUCUUCAAUGGCCAAUAGUCGGCCGACUUUCGACCAAAUUCUUAAAAUGCUUAAACAUGCAAAUCCAUUUCGUAAAAGUGUCUUAGACAGCAUGAUGGAAGCUAUGGAAGAAUAUACGGAACAUUUAGAAAUGCGAAUCGAAGAAAGAACAAACGAGUUGAAUUUAGCAAAAGAAAGAAUGGAGCAACAGCUCAGUCGCUACGUACCAAAGUUCAUCUUACCAAAUCUCAUAUCGGAUCAACCGUUUCUGGUGAACAAUCAUCUCGAUAACUGUUUUCUGGGAGUAGAACUGCAUGAGUUUAAACAAUUCCUUGCUAAAAGACAAAUGGAUGACGUUGCUGCUGUUUUAAAGAGAAUUCAUUUUCUAAUUGAAGACAAGACUUCCAAGACGAACGUCUGUCAAAUAGCAUCGGAAACCUGCACAUGGAUUUACCUGACUGGAAUGGAAAAUGAAAGCGACAAAACUACCCGCGUGGUUACAAUAGCUCACUUAGCAUUAGACUGGUUAGGGAUUUUUCAAAACAGUGACCCUCACCUACAAGACUUGAAGAUCCGUGUUGCGAUCCAUAUAGGCAAUCUACACAUUGGUGUAGCAGAGUCUCCGAAAGCUGUUUAUGUCUUUGGAACCGGUCUACUUGAAACGAAAGACUUGUUAAAUUCGAGUAAACCUUCCAAAAUUCGGAUUUCUAAACAAGUCCAAGACAUUCUUGCCACUGAUAAAACUUUCCAUAUUGAUGAAGAUGUAACCUCAUCAAAUACAUGUUACUGGCUGAUUUCGAGAACGAAAUCAGCUGAAAAGACAGAAGAAGGAAACGUCAGUCCUGUUGUAACGGAAGAUUGUAAAACACCCGUGAAAGAUACCAAAGAAAAUCAAGUGGAAAGAAAAGAAGAAAUUCCUUUGAAAAAUUCCCCUUUACACAAAGAUUCCCAACUAGCUAUACCUCUAGAACAUAAUUCCAUCACUGCACCGUCUCUACAAUUAAAUGUACCACAGAUCAGAAAAACUUCGCCGUUAAACAAAACCAGCAACAAAAUAUUCCCCCUUGAACAAUGAUCAUUUCCAUCAAACAAAACAGAUCGUUUCUUUGAAUAAUUAAAGUACAGCAAGAUGGUCUAUCGUUUCAUAAACAUUCAUAUUACAUAAACAUAAAACAUUAGAUUCGUUAGCUGUAAUUUUAUGAGUCUGUCAGAAGAGGAAGGGCAGCUGCGGCUCUCAUGAACUGCGAAGUUUCCUCUGAAGUUUUUCAGCGCAUCAGUGAAUGGUUGGAGUAAACGAAAAAGUUAUGCUUGAACUGAAGUCCUGGUCCAAUUUGUUGAAUGCAGGACUCCGUUAAAGGUACCCAGAGUGCCAACUGGUGGUGAGAAACCAGACGACGUUUAAGUCUAUUGCUCAAAUAAUCAAAUAUCCGAAAAAUAAAUCAGUAAAAUUCUUUUUGUUUUUAAUAUAAAAA